AUGCAAAGCAAGCUUACUGGGAAACCCCAUAUUAAGAAACCAAACUUGAAACUGUUUGAUGAUGAUCACAAAGUGCAAAAACCUCCCAAAGAAGAUCAACCAAUUAGUGAAUGGCCUCAUGGACUGUUGACAAUUGGAACAUUAGGAAGUAAUCAUGAAUCAAAAGAAGAUCUACAUGCAUGGGCUAAUCCACCACCCUCCCCUAGAGAACCUCUACAUGAUUUUACACCAGCGGAAGCAACACACAUUCAGAAUGAGUUGAACUCAUUCGUCAAUGAACAUUUUGAUCAAUCAAGUUCUUCAGCUGCAGAACUGGGCAAGUUUCUUAACAGGCAAUCAAGCUUGAAGUUAACUGAAAGAACUAAUAAUAGCAAUGCUGCUGAUUCUGAUGAGCCUAAGGAGCAUUUUAAUAGUCGAUUCCAGCGCAGCGCAAGUGUGGUUCUUAGUCGAGGGAAAGAUGUCAAUUGCUUGGAGAACACAAACACUGCCAUCGGAAAGAAGUCAUUGACUUUUCUUCUGAAAAAAAUGUUUGUUUGCAGUAGUGGGUUUGCAGCACCAGUUGCUGCUCCUGCUCUAAGAGAUCUAAUCCCUGAAUCAAGAAUGGAGAAGUUAUUGAGGGCUAUACUUCAGAAGAAAAUCUAUCCCCAGCCAAGUUCAAAUUCAACAGUUUCCAAGAAAAAGUACUUGGAGAACAGGCACAUCACCAAGUCUGUCACUGCCACUGAGGAGCAACUAGAUCCUAAACGAGACGAUUCAGAGACUCGGAUGACGAUGGAAGUAAAUGGGACAAGACUGAUUCUGAAUACAUCGUUUUAG